UCCAAUUCCAUUGUGCUGUCCCGCCUCAUCCUGAAUCUGUGAUUGCGGCCAGGGCGGCGCGGGAGUGCGCAUUCUGAGCGGGCUCCAGGUUGCUCGUCGGCAGUUUGCUGGCCGCAAUCUGGAGCCUUGUAGCGAACAGCGCGGGAAACUGGCCCGGUGGGCGCCUGCGGAGGCUUGGGUUUGCAGGAGUUAGCUUGCAACACAACACACAGGCUAAUAAGCACACCAUGGACGGCUUGGUAGAUGUGGAGGACGCCUUCAGCCAGCAGGCACUGUCGGCGCCGUGGGGCGAGCUGGGGCGCAGCGCCACGCUGGGCCUCGUUUCGCUCUUCUCCAAGCUGGUGGUCACGGUGCUGAACAGCUUCAGCGUGGAUGGGCUGGACGCCUUCCACCGCCACGUCAUGAGCCGCCAGCCGGGCGUGGGCCUCAUCACCGUGUGCAACCACACCAGCACCGCCGACGACCCCAUGCUCUUCUGCUCCAUGCUGCCCGCCUCCUUCUUCUUCCGCGAGCACCGCCACCACCUCAACCGCUGGUCGCUGUGCGCCCAGGAGAUCUGCUACAAAAAUGCCCUGCUGGGCCAGUUCUUUCAGAGCGGCAAGACGCUGCCCAUACAGGCACGGGGGCCGGGCCGCGGAGGGGAGCUGGCGGGAGGGCGCCAGGCUGGCUGCAGAGCCGCCUCUCACCCUACUGCACACGGCCCUGGUCUGCAGCGCGGCGGCGGCACCGACCAGCCCAUCAUGCGCACGGUGGCGGCUGAGGUGGCGCGUGGCUGCUGGGUGCACAUCUUCCCAGAGGGCAAAGUGAACUACACUGGGCGGGUGGGGCCGCUGCGCUGGGGUGUGGGCAAGCUGGUGUGCGACGCACGGGCGCGCUCCGACAGGGACCCCGUUGUGCUGCCGUUUUACCACAGCGGCAUGGGCGGGGUGAUGCCCAAGCACAAGCGGGUGCCGCGGGCGGGCAACGAGGUCAGGGUGGUGGUGGGGCAGCCAGUGGACCUGUCUGACCUCACAUGCAGGUGGGCAGGUGCUGCCACGCGUGGAAUGCAGCGGGGUUGUCCUUGCAUGGCCAGUCGCUGCUUGGCACAGGGCUGGUGGUCCCGCUGUGGCGGGGAGCCAUCCCGUUGUCGGCAGCGUGACCUGCCUUGA